GCUAGUAGCCAAGAGAACCUCAAGUCUUUCCGCGGGAAUCGUCUAGUGAUGCUCUAAGGUGGCACUAGGGCCUACGGACGGCUCUGAGGAUCAAGAGAUUGCCCGCGAGGGUACAGUGUGUUAAGACUUAGUCAAGACCUGGCAACGCCAGGUUCGUUAUUAACCACCAUGACGCGGGACGCAGUGAUGCAAGCCUUAGGGCUUUUGACCGUGGUCACGUUAGCAGCAGCAGGAGUGGUAAAGGAUGCAGGUUCAAGCUGUAAUUAUAUGGGAGAAACAUACGAACAUUUGGACAAAUGGACUCCAUACGGUGUCAAGGACCCCUGCUUUGUAUGCACUUGCGAAAAUGGAGAAUUCACAUGUGAUAAAUACCUUUGCCGUGACCUCCCAUGUAGUGGGGAUGGAUACCACCCUGCCUUCGAGGAGUGCUGCGGUCAGUGCGCGGCCGGCGGUCAAAUGGCGGCAGCGGAGAGGCAGCAUUAUGAAAAUCUACAGGGCCAACUCGAGGCUGACACCGAAGCCGAGGCACAACCUAGCGGCACCCACCGAGAAGCCAAAAAACGACCUGACCCUACCGGCCCACCCGGACGAACCGGCCGCCAGGGCAAACAAGGACCCAUUGGUGACCCCGGCGAGGAUGGAGAUAAUGGUAUCCCCGGAGAGACCGGAAGCAGAGGACCCGAGCCUUCUCGUGAGACGUGGUGGGGCUAUCUCAGUCAAUACCAGGCCCAGCAGGGCGAGAAAGGACCCGGACCAAACGCAGGAUGGGGACAGGCUGCCACUAUGACUGCUCGUCCAGGCCCACCAGGCGCCCGAGGACCCCCAGGACCACCUGGACCAGCCGGUACACCAGGAUUCCAAGGACUGCGAGGCGAGCCCGGAGACUCAGGAUCACCAGGCCCCAAUGGUGCACGAGGACCACCAGGACCACCCGGAUUCGCUGGCAAGGACGGAGAGCAAGGACGCGACGGCGAAUCAGGACCCCGAGGUCUUCCAGGACAGCCCGGCAGCAGAGGUAUGCCUGGUAUGCCAGGUAUGCCUGGCAACAAGGGACACAUGGGAUUCCGAGGCCUUCCUGGCAAGAAGGGAAACGAGGGUAAAACUGGCUCCAAAGGUCCUAUGGGAGAGAUCGGUCAGCCUGGACCCCCCGGAGCUAUCGGCCCCCGUGGUGCACCCGGAGAGAGAGGACGUGAUGGCUCCCCUGGUCCAGCUGGUCUGCGCGGUAUAGAUGGUCUGUCUGGCUCACCAGGACCACCGGGACCAAACGGUCAACCAGGUCCACCAGGCUUCUCAGGCCCAGCCGGAGGGAAGGGAGAUUCUGGUCCGACAGGAGCUAAGGGAAGUGUAGGUCUGCAAGGUCCCCGUGGUGAGUCUGGCUCCCCAGGUCAACCAGGAAAUCCUGGUCAGGCUGGCCCUGACGGUAGCCCCGGUGAGUCGGGAGAAAAGGGAGGAAUGGGCCCCCCUGGUCCAUCCGGAGCCCCAGGAUUCCCCGGACCCACAGGAUUGACAGGCUCACAAGGGCCCUCAGGAUCCUCAGGUCUGAAGGGAGACGUUGGUCCACAGGGUAGCCCCGGCUUCGCCGGAGAUGCAGGAACAAAUGGAAAGGACGGUCUACCAGGCGAGUCAGGAGCACGAGGUCCCCGAGGGCCCGCUGGAAAGAGGGGCUCCCGUGGCAGCAGUGGCCAACCCGGCCCCCCAGGAUUCCAAGGAGAGCGAGGACAGCCCGGCGGUCGUGGACCUGCUGGUAAUGACGGACCACCAGGACCCAAGGGAGAGGACGGUUCAGCAGGAAAAGCGGGUACAGACGGAGACAAGGGACCACCAGGAGACAUGGGCAGACCUGGUAUACAAGGCGCCCCCGGCCCACGCGGAAGUCCAGGAACUGCAGGUUCUGACGGAAAGCCCGGCCCACGCGGUCCAUCUGGUGCAGCAGGUCAAGACGGAAAGAACGGCGAACCCGGUCAGAUUGGACAACCUGGUCUACCUGGCCCGCAAGGUGCACCCGGAGGCAGGGGCUCAUCUGGCGAAAGUGGCAAAGAUGGCGGUCCCGGUAUUCCUGGCCCACCAGGUCCUGCUGGAGAUCCAGGAGAUGCUGGUCCACCAGGGUUGAGAGGAGACCGAGGUCGCGCUGGAGAUCGAGGCAAGGACGGUUCAACAGGUCAGCGAGGAGCACCAGGAUUCCAAGGUCUACCUGGCCCAGCCGGAGCACCUGGAGAACAGGGAAAGAUUGGAGACGUCGGAGGCCCAGGACCCGCCGGUAAAGAUGGUUUGGAUGGAGGACGAGGAGAGCGAGGUCCACCUGGUGACCGUGGCGAGCCUGGCAGUCGAGGAAUACCCGGUCCACGCGGCCCAAGCGGUCCAGGAGGUAGGGACGGCGACAGGGGACAACCUGGAACAAGCGGAAAUAAGGGAGAACCAGGUCCAGCUGGUCUAAUUGGUAUUCCCGGAGAACCUGGCGGUCCAGGAGGAAAAGGACCCAAGGGAGACCUUGGAGACAUCGGCCCACCAGGCAAGCCAGGCGGCCCAGGAGGACCAGGAAAACGAGGUCUAACCGGCGCGCCAGGAGACCCAGGACCACACGGUCUCAGCAGUGGAAAGGGAAGCUUAGGACCCCCAGGACCUCCCGGCGAAGAUGGUUUCGACGGCAAGGAUGGAGAACCCGGUCCACCAGGUCUGCCCGGUGAUAAUGGACGCCCAGGACCAGCUGGUCUUGCAGGCCCUCAAGGAGGCAAGGGAGACACUGGUUCAGGUGGUUCACCUGGAUCAACUGGCCUACCAGGCCCAAGAGGAAUGCGAGGCUCUCCUGGACCAGCAGGCAAAGACGGAGUGCAAGGUAGAUCUGGACCACGAGGAGACAAUGGCAAGAAUGGAGAAACUGGUCCCGGAGGUCCCCCAGGAGCCCCAGGUCCAUCCGGUGCCCCUGGCCCACCAGGCGGUCCUGGUCCCACCGGUCCAGCCGGCAAGACAGGAGAGCGUGGUCUUGGUGGAGAGUCUGGUCCAUCAGGAAGGCCAGGUGACAAUGGGAACCCAGGACCACCUGGUGUUGACGGCAUGAAAGGAGAGUCUGGUACUGAUGGACGGGAUGGAAACAAUGGACCUUCUGGACCACCUGGCCCACAGGGAACUAGAGGACUGGUCGGUCUACCAGGUAUUCGUGGCGAACCAGGAACUGUUGGUCCAGCCGGAGGUCGUGGAGAGCCAGGCCCAUCAGGUCCAAGUGGAAAGAAUGGCGAUAGAGGUUCACCUGGUCAACGGGGUCCUAUGGGAGCCCCCGGUGGUCCUGGAUUCCCUGGUAAUGAUGGACAGCCUGGUAAGGAUGGUGCAGCUGGAUUAGACGGACGAAACGGGGAGAAGGGACCAACUGGAAACUCUGGCCAACAGGGUCCAGCAGGAAUGCCUGGUCCAAUGGGAGCUCCCGGUCCAUCAGGCCCAGCCGGUUCAGCAGGAGACAGAGGAGAGCGAGGAGAACCAGGUCCAGCUGGUCUACAAGGUCCCGACGGCCCACGUGGAGGCCCCGGUGCACCAGGAGCCCAGGGAAUUAAGGGAGAACGUGGAACAUCCGGCGGUAAAGGAGACAAAGGGUGGAGAGGUCUACCCGGUCUACCCGGCCUUCAGGGACCAUCCGGCUCACCAGGAGACAACGGACAAACCGGACAACCUGGACCUCCUGGCGCACGUGGAUCACCUGGCCCACGAGGAGGGACUGGCCCAUCUGGUAAUAGUGGCCCCCCUGGAGAAGCUGGACGCCCAGGUCCUCGUGGUCAAUCUGGAGAUGAUGGCAAGGAUGGUCCCACUGGUCAACCUGGCCCACCGGGUCCUCCUGGUCCACCUGGCGACUCAGCUGGCUAUGCAGGAAGUUUCACAAGCAUGUUUAGCAGAUCGAGUGGUACCAAGGCCCGCUUUGCAGAUCCUGUGAUGGGCGACCAAGCCUACCAAGACAAGAAGGGAGACAAGGAAGACGCGUUCGAGGCCCUAACACAACUCCAGGAGGCACUUGAGAAGUUAAGGAACCCACUGGGUACCAAGACGGCCCCCGCCAGGACUUGCAAAGACCUUGCCCUCGCGCAUCCAGAGUAUGACGAUGGUACCUACUGGAUCGAUCCUAACCAGGGUUCUCCCAAGGACUCCAUUGAGGUGUACUGCAACAUCAAACAACACGAAACAUGCGUGUUCGCCAAGCCAAGCGUUGUGGACAAAGCCAGAUGGUUCAGCGAUGCGCUUGGUGGCCACUCCUGGUUCAGUGAGGAGGCAGAGCAUGGAAGCGAGUUCCUGUACAAAACAGACCGAGUCCAACUCACCUUCCUGCAGCUGCUCUCAACAGAUGGCUUCCAGAACAUCACCUACCAUUGCCGCAACUCUGUCGCGUUCUAUGAUGCCGCCGGCAUGAACUACGACCAGGCCAUCAAGAUGGAGACAAAUAACGACCUCGAGCUCUCUGCUGAUGGCCAGCUGAAGGCCAGAUACAAUGUCUUAUUAGACGAGUGCCAGUACAAGAAGAGCACUUGGGGAAAGACAGUCUUCGAAGUCCGAACCAAGAAACCACAGAGGCUUCCCAUCCAAGACAUCGCAGUGAGCGACGCCGGUCGACCAGACCAAGCAUUCGGUCUAGAGAUCGGACCAGUCUGCUUCUCCUAGACGAAUCGUUUCCCUUUUUACUGUUUUCAUGAGCCCACCACUAGGCUAUAGUAAGUUCAUGGGCAGAGUCCAUGUAUGCGGACAUACACCUUAGAUUAUGUAUGAAAUUCAUCUUGCAUUUGAAGUGUAACAGAUUAAGACAUAUUCGUCCACCCUCGGAACAUCCAUAGGUCGUGCUUAAGUUGUACCCAUCAGGGUUUUGUAGGCCAGUAAACGUUAGGUUAUUUAGCGGGAUAUGUCAGACAUGCUUGUAUAAAUAUUUUAAUACUAUGAUGUAGGGCCUAAUAUCAGAUCAGAAAAAGAGAACAUUUAAGAGCAAAAAGUACAUAACAUGUAUAUCAUUAGAACUUUGACCAGAUAGUCAUGCAGAUUGGCUAGGUUUUGUCUACAUACGGCCACGUGUUCUCUGUCUGGUGAUGACGUCAUUUAGACAACACAGAAAAUGCAAGCGGUUGUUAAGAGUUAUUUCAACCGAUUCAUUGACUACUCUUUAAUAGCUGUCCUGAGAUCAAAACCAUGAACGUUAAGAAAACAUCUAACAUUCGGGUAUUUCGAAAAGUUUCACCAUUUCGCAUUGUCAUGAUCCAUUAUCGAUCUUGCCUCACCAUUCAACAUGAAGGUAUUACCGCCCUGGCAGAUUUGAAAAUGUUUGAAAAUUGGUCUGUUUCUUCCUUCUGUUGGGAGUCAAACUUUGCCUUAAAAAAAGAAAUACCAUCAAAAUAUCACAUCAAGACACUGAAUAGGAAGACAUAACAACAUCUAUUGACAGUUUGGCUCUCAAGAGAAUAAGAAAAGAUACUCGUCCACAACAUCCGGGACAUUUCAACCCCAAUAACAUCCGGGCAUUUUCAAUCCCAAUAACAUCCGGGUUAUUCCAGUCCUAGUGACACCUUGGACACUAACCUGGUAGUACUUAUGCCGUUUGGUGAGAGGACAGGCGGAGGUGGCAGUUUAUAUUUAUCUAACCAGUGUGACACUAAUAUCAAUAUAAAUUUAUAUAAUUAGAUAGUAUAACCGUUUUUCUCACUUUUCAUAUAAUCCCUACUAAUCUUUACUAACUACGUCACCAUGACGUCAUAUAUCAUGUUAAUAUCUGUCAUCCUCUGUUCUGAAUGAACUUGAGUAUUCAAAAUCAAUGGGAUCCGACGUGGAAGGUCAAGCUAUGACCUCAAAGGUCGAGCCAUGUCCUCGAGACAGAUUUGAAACUUUAAAAGCCCGAGAAAGGCAGCUUCUUACUUCUGUAUAGAUUUACAAAUAAAGUGCGAGUAGUUCUGUCAAAGUACAGCUGAAAGGAGACUGAAAAACACUUUUUCUAUAAGAGAUACUGUGUGUUUUUAAUGGAAAUACCACUGCUAUAUCAUUGUCCAAUUGACGUCACAUGACACGUGACGUCAGUGGCGUCGAUCAUCAAGAAGCUGUGAGAAAUGAGAGCCGUGGGUGACGUAGCAGGACUACACAUUUAUUCCAUUGAACGAUGAGAACUCGUAGGUGAAAGAGAGAACUUGACACGAUAACUCAGGGAAAGCCACCGAGAAAUGUAAAUAGUAGGCCAAUCAACAUCUAGCACAGCAUGACAUGGUGUCACUCCGUUUGUCGUUAAAUACGUCAUCAUAAAUCGUGUAGAGUCUGCGGUCCUUUUGUAAAUUGAUCUACAUUUUACCCUUUAAGAGUAAGGCCUAGUAUUGACUUUUUAACAUGUUUUGAUAUUGGCACUUUGACAUCAUUAUUUUAUACAUGAAGAACCACAUCUUAUCGCAGUCUAUGCGAGUCACAGCGAAAUGUGAUGUCGUAUACUUAGUAUGUCACCUUAUCCAGCACAGCACUGCCAUGGGUUAAGACAUCAACUGGAAAGUCGGUCAACCUCGACGCCAGAGAAACAAUUCAUCGAACCUCUUCCCAACAAUUAUUAAAGUAGGCCUACCGAGGGGGUCGAUUGAACUGUCAAUUCAAACACAUCCAUUACUCAUCAUAAUCAACUUCCGUGGGUUCGUACUAAGUACGGAGGAGGUGUUGGAAUACCAUGGCGACGGAAUUGGAAGUGCGGUUUGAACUAAACCCGCCAUGGCAUAGCUGCGAGUGACGUAAUACACUGUCUGCGUGACGAUUUUACUCAACUCUGUUGCGUAUGACACAAUAUUACGGCGUAGUACGCAGAGUUUGUCGACGACAUGAUGGCCUCGCUCCCGAAUUCUGUCGCCUCUGUUCCGCUUCUGGCGUACGAGGUACGGAGUCGCGGGAAACCUGCUGUUAAAAGGUGCUCUCUGUGUAUUAUAGAUGAUUUUUUUAUCAAACUGUGCCACUUUUGUAAGAUAUAAUAUGCUACAAUUUGUAUUUUUUUUAUGAAUUGUAAGAUAGAUACUAGGAAAGCUUGAUUUUGGAUUGUAUAUAAAGCUGGUGGUGGACUAAUAAACUUCUUAAAAUGUAAA